CCUCGCUGAUGGCCUUGUUUCCCGCCGUGCUAAACACACGCAGAUACCCUGAAGGCAGCGUGAUUUGGCCAGUCUCCGUCCCAACACCUGCCGAGUCAUUGCAGAAAUCCAGCACGAGCUUUUUUUGCCUCGUCCUUUGACGACGGAAGCUUUCAUUUUCUGCACCAAUACUGUUGCUUUUUAUUUCCACCCCAAGAGAAAGCUAAUAUAUAUUAUUUGAAGUGCUCCUGUGGCUUUGUCCUAUGCUAAUUAUUUAUAUAGUGCUAGGUCUUGAGGAUGCCAGCUGGGAAAUGCAGGACAGCAAAAAAAAAAAAAAAAAAAAGGUUUGAGUUUGCCCUAGCUCUAUUGAGGUGGUUGGUUUAUGGCCCUGAUCCUGAAAACACGUUGUUAUUGAUCAUAGGGCCUGGUCCUGCGUCCAGGGGGGACAGCCCACAUCAUCUUCCAGGGGCGUCACUGAGCAAAAGCGUCAGCCUGCAGCCCUGGUAGCCCCUCGCUGGCUCUGCGGUGUGGCUCUGCCUUUGCUGCAGGACCAGGCCCUUUUGUGUGGGGGUAGCUAUCUUGCUGUAAAAUCCUAAUAGAGGCAAGACUGAAUAUUUUUAAACAGGUAAUCAAGGUCAGUGCCUGUAGUCCUUGCGACUGUGACCUGUUUCUGCUGUAUGUUCUGGUGAGAAGGUCGGGCUUGUGGGGAGAGGUGGUAGCUGCUGUUAGACCGAAUGAGUAAGCUGGAGGGGGAAAGCGUCCUCUCGGGGUCUGAAGUAGGAGUACAGAUCUUUAAAUGCAAUUGAAGAACAAUUGCUUUAAGUGUAGCCAUGUUAAUAGGUGAGGUGGUCUGAGGAAAAAGGUGGUUGAUACCUGUGGAGAAGGGGAGAUGUUAACCAAGGAAGAGGUGGUGAAACUGUUAGCUUCUCAGGAACAGGGAGGAGGACUCCAUUAUCAUGCAGGGACCUGCUGGAUGAGCUGCAAGGCAAAGUGUAAGGAGGUAGCGCUCUUGGUGAGAAAGUUCACUUUGCAGGUUUUGCCUUCAGUGCAGAGGGCGGCAUGCCUGACGUUGAGCCCUGGCUUCCCACUGUUCAACUUUGGCUUGCGCGUGCAGGUUUGGGCAUUGUGUUAACCAGGGGAGUUUUUUAAAACGGGGAAGAAUUUUGCUAAUACUAGUUCAGAUCCAUCGAUAGCAGGAAAACUAAUGGUCCGAAUGUGGGUUGCCUGCUGUGGCUGCUGUGCAAGCAAGGACGCUCUACUGUCACUAGCUGGAGCGUGAUGUCAGGUCUUUUCUGAGUGCAUUUCAUGCGAUAGUGCUUCAAAUGGUAGUGGCAGCUGCUACCAGCCUGCAUGAGAGCUCUUGAUGCUGGUCGUGUCACCUGGGAUUUGUUAGAAUAUUACUAAUACCCUGAAGGGAGGUGAAAUAGAAAAGGGGAAAGGAGGGGAGACCUGCGGAAGAUGAGGAUGGAGAUUUUUUGUUUUCAUUGUAUCUGUUUCCUUUUCUGGUUUAUUUUUGUGUGUUCUGUUUCAGGUGUAUGAAUCAGGAUUAUCAGUAGGAGUUUGUCCUGAGAAAACUCCGGUAACCAGUUGUCUUGAGAGCGUUAGAGAAGAAGGGUGCACCACGAUGGCUGCUGAGUUGGAUUUCUCCCCACCUGAAAUCCCUGAGCCCACAUUCAUGGAGAAUGUGCUACGCUACGGACUCUUCUUUGGAGCCAUUUUUCAGCUUAUCUGUGUGCUAGCCAUAAUCCUGCCAGUUUCAAAGUCCCAUAAGACAGACUCGGACAGUUUUGAGCCUAAGAAUUCAGAGACAGUGAAGAAGCCAAAGGCAACUGCUCCACAGAUAAGCAAGAAACCCAAGAAGGAAACCAAAAAGAAACGAUAAAGCUGUGACUGAUGAGCCUCAAAAGACAAAAUAAUCAGCUAUAAUCAUGCUUCCUCGGAGAUGACAUCAAAGGCAACAAACUAUAUUAAAUGGUUUUCUGGCAUUGCCAUGCUUUACCUUUCAGGGACAAGGAACUUAAAAGAGUGGAAGGGGCAGAGUUCUGCCAUAGAUUUCUUACAAGCAAAGAGGACUUCACAUAUCCAGGAUUUCAUUUGACAUGAUUAAUGUGUCAGUCACCAUCGAAGUGACUUCUGUCAUUUCCAAUAGGUAGAGAGGGCUGUUGUCCUGGCUCCUCCACGCUGGCUAGGAUUUGUAGUAAAGUCCCUGUGGAAGGUGGAGCAUGGGUUUGCUACUUUGGAUACCGGUUUGUGUUGUAUUUUUUGAAGCAGAGGGAUCAGAUGGAUCAAGGAUACCACACUACACAGCUUUGUAUUCAUCUCUGUUGUCGUCUAGUCUGAAAUACAUAGCUGCAUUUUAUGGCUUAAUAAUAAUGUCUUUGUCAUAUGCUUUAAUUCCUUAGGUAAUAACUCUCAGAUUCCAGACUGCUGUAGAUGAAAGCUUUCAUUUCCCCAGCGUCGCUACCUUUCUUAUUCCCCCACCCAUGCGCUUUUCCUUUCUGUUCCCACCCUUGAAAGCAGAGAAUGGAGGCUGCGGUGGGGACUGCAGUGACUACAAGGAUCAGGGAACAAUUUGAUUCUGGAAAGAGCAGAAUUUAAUGCCUGUGCUAAUGGGCUAUUGUUGGAAACUUGGGAAGACCAGGUACUGCAUGUUGGAGAAAAGCUGCUCUGAGGCGGGAGUCUUGGAGUGCUGCAUUGGUCAUGUAUCAAAGCGCACUGCCUAGCUGUGCUGCUGAUAAACCCUCCUGUCAGCUGGUUGAGUCCUAACCCUGUGCUCCGUUUCAACACUGCUGGGGUUUGUUGCAUUUGCAAACUCCCUCCCAGCCUUACCUACUAUAGUCUGCUGCAAAAAAUGCUGAAUUCUUCCUGAAGUUAAAUAUGAUCUCAGCCCGAGGAGAUGUGGUAUUUUAAGAUCCAAGGGGUGGCAAGCUGGCUGUGUAGCAUGACUAUAUGGCAAGAGGCAUAUACACUAUCUUCCUUCAGGCUCUGGGUCUCCAGGCCCAGGGACAAUCUACUAUUAGAUUUAAAUAUGGCUAGACAGGACUGGAAAGAGAUAGGUGGUGACGUAGCCACAGAGUAGGGUAGCUCAAGCUUCCUGAUGCCAGCUCACAUCUUGGUUUGUUUGAUCACGAAUGAGUCAAUGGGAGGAGAACCUGCUCUUUUAGGCGCACCCAGGGUUCAGAGCAGCUUUGAAGGAAAGGGUUCUCUGGCAGGGCUGCAAGUUUGCGAUCCUUUUUGCAUACAAAGACUCCCAUCCUCGAUUCACAAAUGCCUUGUGAGCCCAGAUACAGUAGCAGCGUUGUGCUGUGUGUUCUCCAACAGGAGCUGAGCAGCACAUUUGCAGGAACCGUCAGUGCUGAGAACGGCCAUGUUCUCUGUUUGCUCUUGCUUUCGGUGGGUGAGACGGAUGGAUUCCAGUACCAGUUUGAUUCUAACCUCUCACUGCUUCCCUGCUCCAGGCUCUCUGCUUCACUUAACCAGAAUGCUGACACCAAGUUGUUCUGCUUAAAAUCCAGCCUAGAGUUCUGCU